AUGCCGCCCCUCUUCCUCUCCCUCUUGGUGCUUCUGCCAGUGCUCCCCCUCCCCCACGCAUCCGCCGACGCCGACAUCUGCAUCGUCGGCGGUGGCAUCUCCGGCGCCUCCACCGCCUUCUUCCUCACCAACUACACCACCUCCCUCGCUGGAGCGCAGCUGCGCGUCUUCGAGCGCCGUCACAAGGUGGGCGGCCGCCUCGGCACCGUCACUCUCGCGGGCGACAGCUUCGAGGCCGGGGGCUCCAUCAUCCACCCCCGCAACCUCCACGCGCGCCGCUUCGCCGACCUCCUGGGCCUCGCCGCCAAGGUCGGCGGCGACGACGAUUGGCUAGGGAUCUGGGACGGCAAAAGCUUCGUCUUUCAGACGCUCCGCCCACCGCCGACCGGCAGCUCCUGGUGGCGUCGCAAGCUGCACAGCCUCCUCAACUCGCUGCUGCUGCUCAGGCGAUAUGGUCUGUCCCUGCUCAAGAUGGACAAGUUUGUCCAGGAAAUGCUGCAACGGUUUAUGCUCUUCUACAACGGCUUGGAGUCUCGCCCUGUCUUUGCCACGGUUGAGGAGAUGCUCCAAUGGACUGGUCUCUAUGGCCUCACCCGCAGGACCCUUGAGGAGGAGCUGCUCGAUGCCGGCCUCAACACCCAAACAAUAGCAGAGCUUGUCACUGUUAUCACGAGGAUCAACUAUGGCCAAAGCACACACAUAAGUGGCCUGGCUGGCGCCGUGUCUUUAGCUGGAUCUGAGUCAGGAUUAUGGGCUGUCAAAGGGGGCAACUGGCAGCUAGCUGCUGGAUUGCUCAAGACCUCUAAUGCCACCUUGCAUCUUCAAGAAGGCAUAGACUCGAUCACUGAUGCUGGGGAUUACUAUGUUCUGAGAUCUAAUACUGGGAGCGAAUACAACUGUACGGCGACUGUGGUGGCAACACCACUUGACGAGGUGAACAUCACGUUUAGCCCUCCAAUCUCCAUUCCGCCGAGGAAGAUGCAGCACACACAUGCCACCUUUGUCAGAGGCCUAUUGAACCCUGGAUAUUUUGGUGUAAACUCAGCAUCAAAUGUUCCAGAGCUAAUUGGUACCCUAGAGCUCCCCGAUAUCCCUUUCUCGUGCAUCUCAGUUUUGAAGAGGUACAGCGAAGAUGACAUGGCCUACAAGAUGUUCUCACGUGCAAAGCUGGACGAUGGUUUACUGGAUCAGAUCUUCAGCGCGAGGAAAGAGACGAUCCGGAUAAACUGGGCUGCUUACCCACACUACGAAGCCCCAGAAGAGUUUGGUCCGAUAGUGUUGGACGGGAAGCAGCUGUACUACGUGAACACCUUUGAGAGCGCCGCGAGCGCCAUAGAGACGGGCGCCGUGGCAGCAGAGAAUGUGGCACGUCUCAUCAUUUCGAGGCUUUCUCUACCGCAGCGAGGAGUCGAGCCUGAUGCUCCUCAUAUCAAGUCAUUCGCGGAGCAGGAGGAAGAAGGAUCCCAGCGUCGGCAUGUUACAUACUUGUUCCGGAGGCCAUCUAUUGGGGAUAUAGUGUUUUUCAAAGUGCCUUCUGCCGUACAGGUUUGCCUUCUUCCUUCUGCCCCUCCACUUCUCAAUCAGAUCCUCGCAUUGUCCACCCUGAAAAUGUGCAGCUUCCAAUUUCAGAAUUAUGGUGUCAAUAAGGAUGUUGUCUUUAUUAAGAGAGUAUUGGCAACACCUGGAGAUUUCAUUGAGGUUCGACAAGGGCAGCUUAUUGUAAAUGGUAUUGCACUGAAGGAGCAUUACACAGCAACCCAUGCGUUGUACACAAUGGAAGCAAUGCGCCUUCCUGAAGGCCAUGUAUUCGUCAUGGGUGACAACCGAAAUAACAGCUGUGGUUCUCGUGCCUGGGGGCCUCUUCCCAUUGCCAACAUCGUUGGAAGGUACAUGACGUCCUUUACAAGAUCCUCUUUCCAGUAA